GCCUGGGAUUUGGGUUGUUUUGUACUUUCUGUAUUGUAUGAGUGAGUGAUUAAUACUGAAGGGGGGUCUAGUACCAACUGCUCUGUUAGUAGUGUUGUAUAUGACGUCCAUCAUACCAUCCUGAAUUCUCUACUUUGAAUAUUCUGUCUUGCAGAGGCUUGUUUGAUAAACAGGAGUAUCUGAAACAAAGUGAAAGAUGCCGUCUACUGUAGCCACAAAGACUACCCAUACACACAAAUCCUCAGAAAAUGGAUCACAGUCUGCUGACAUACCUGUGAAGCGAUUGGAGAAGGCAGACGGGAAGGUGCGGAAAACUAAAGUGAACAGCCAGAGCCCCGGGUCCCUCUCACCAGCCAGGAGGCAGAACAAGGAGAAGGAAAUCAAGGAGACUAAAACCACAAUCAACUUCGUCACGUUCCCAUUGGCACAGUUUACGCCUGAGCAGCAACUCCUCAAACCAAAUGAGUGGAGCUACUGCGACUAUUUCUGGGCCGAUAAAAAGGACCCUCAGGGGACCACCACAGUAUCGGGCUUUGAGGUUCUGCUGCAGAAACAGCUGAAGGGUAAACAGAUGCAGAAGGAGAUGGCAGAAUUCAUUAGGGAAAGAAUAAAGAUUGAGGAAGAGUAUGCCAAGAACCUCUCCAAGCUUUCCCAGAUCCCGCUUGCUGCCCAAGAAGAGGGGACACUUGGAGAGGCUUGGUCACAGCUAAAGAAAAGUUUUGCUGAUGAAGCAGAGGUCCAUCUCAAAUUCUCCUCAAAGCUUCAGUGCGAGGUGGAGAAGCCACUGCUGACGUUCAGGGGGGACAACUUCAAGAAGGACAUGAAGAAAUACGACCACCACAUUGCUGACCUGAGGAAACAGCUGGUCAGUCGUUAUGCUGCUGUAGAGAAGGCUCGUAAGGCUCUGGCAGAUAGGCAGAAGGACCUGGAGGUGAAGACGCAGCAACUGGAGAUCAAACUAAGCAACAAGACUGAAGAGGACAUCAAGAAGGCCCGGAGGAAAUCCACUCAAGCAGGUGAUGACCUGAUGCGCUGUGUGGACCUCUACAAUCAAGCCCAAUCUAAGUGGUUUGAAGAGAUGGUCACUACAAGUUUGGAAUUGGAAAGGCUCGAGGUAGAAAGGGUGGAAAUGAUACAGCAGCACUUGGUCCAGUACACAACUCUACGACGUGAGACAGACAUGUUCAACCAAAGUACCCUGGAGCCGGUGGACCAGCUCCUCCAGAGUGUGGAUCCAGCCAAAGACAGAGAGCUGUGGGUGCGGGAGCACAAGACAGGGGAUCUGAGACCAGUGGACAUGGACAUUUAAGGACACUAACCUUAUAAUAGAAGACAACCGCAUACACACACAUACACGCACACAUGCGUUACACACUACAGCCAAACUAGUCAAGUCUGCCUGUCUGUCUGUACACACAUCAAGUUCUUGGCCAAAGCUAUACCGCGUUGUCCCACUCAGUCCAGCAUUUGUAUUCUUAUACUUUCCAUGGACAAACACAAACAAAUUUUACAAAGAGUGGCAAUGUCAUUUAUGUAUAUCAAAUAAUUUCGAGGUGGAGUGCAUUAACCUACUCAGCACUUUGUUUUGCAUGAAUAGAAAUCCACCAGCCUCAAUCUUCAACACACACAAAUCUCAUUAUUUUACAGCACUAACAUUUCAAUGUGAGAUUCGAAAGUACAUAUUCAUAUACACAAUGCCAGCAACAAAAUCUUUAAAAAAAAAAACGUUACAGUUAACUACAUUGAGACAACAUUCAUGUUGCUCAUAGAAUCACGUUCAAAAUCCUAAAUAUGAAGACAUAAUGGAAGCAUGCAUAAAUUAGACCAUUGUUUCUGUACAAUAAUGGUUUAAAGAAAAGAACGUAUUAGUCAUUUAUCAUGUUUAAAAAUGCUUUCUACAGGAAAAAGCAGCUGCAGUCUGAAAAAGACAGUAGUUUUAACCUAAAUAACCAGCAUGAUCCCAUUUGUAGAAAUUGUGAAAAUAAUAUUCUGUUAUAGUGUCAUUGUAUAGUUAUGUUGUUAAAUCUGUAAUGUAGUAAAAAAAAAUUCAAAAAAAGAACAGAAUUUAUUGCGAUGAGAAAUUGAAAACGAUAUUAUAUUCAUACCCAACGUAAAUCUUUGACAAAAUCUUCUUGAAAAAGAGCCUGAACAAAAUGCAUUAUCUAGGUAUGAAUAUUUUUUAGAAAUAUUUUUGCAGACUACGUUUUGCAAAGAAGCAUGUACUUCUCGGAAAAAUGUGGUGAUGAAUAGUUCUAUUUCAUCCACAGAAUAAUAUUUGUGUAAACAAUUCAAAUCAUUCACUGUCUUCAUAAACUAUGUGUUUGCAAAAUACUGCAAUUGUAAUCCCAAUCAUAUGAAAUUUUCCUCAAGCGAAGCCAAGAAACUUCUUUAUGCAGAACAUAAUCAGCUCUGUGGAACAUCAUAAUCUCAUUCUGCUUUCAUUUCAAGUAUAGUUGGAGAAGUUACUAAAGCUGGUAUUAAGGAUAAACUUUAGAAUUGCGUGUAGAAACUGUUUUAAUGGAAGAAGAAGAAGAAGAAGAAGAAGAAGAAGAAGAAGAAGACUAUCGCAUUUUACAGUACAUAUAAAUGUACUGUAAUAUUCAGUAUAGUUGUCAGUAGAUGUGACAUGAUCAUUUGUAUUAUGUACACUCUUAGGCUUUAUUAUAAAUUAAGGGUUCUCUACUGUUGUAUAGUUCUACAUAGAACCUUUAAGGAGUCCCCCAGUGGGACAACAGAAGAGCCCUUGAGAUUUCUAAAUCAUCUAAGUGUGUAUAAUGUACACCUUUUAGUGCCUGAAGUUGUGUCUUGGAAUGUUGAUGAAUUUGUUUUUCUGUCUUACAUCUAUAAUGUAGUUGUAAAUAUGUCUGUUGUGUUCCUUUUUUUUUUUUUGUUUGCAAAUGUUAUAAGCAAAUUCUGCCCAAAUUCUUGUGAGUUGGUGAGUUUAUGUGGGAUUGUUCACAUAUUAAGACCUCGUUCAAACAUUUUUAAACGAAGAGCCGUUUGUGGUAGGCGGCUGAACACUGUAGGGUUGAAAGCAUUUAGAUUAUACUGGCAAAAUGCAUUGAAGUUUGACGUUUCUCACUGUUUUCACACAGCAGGUCUUGUUUCUCAAGCUGGAUAUGAAUAAAUUCAUUUGUAAAUCCAUCACAGGAGCAAUUUACCCAAGAAGCGAUGUAUUCAUGAAUGGAGUUUGAGGAAAAUCUUAAAAAAGUCAUGUCAAAAAGAUCCUGAUUCUAAAUUUAUGUCUAAAGGGACUAGCUCAUGCAAACCUCAAGUGAUUUGCUUCAAAUUCCAUAAUUGAUUGAAACAAGACCUGUAUAGACAAUAUAGGAUAAAUAUAAUAGCAGCUUAUAAAACACUUAGAAGGUGCUUAUUUACCGUGAUGUAAUCAUGUUGUCAGCGCUUGUGAUUUUUUCUUUUUCUAGAGUUUGUAUUUAUGUAAAACAGCUAUGUCAUGUGAAUGUUUGCUAAUUUAUGGCUAAUUGGAAUUUCUUAACAUAUACACGUAUCUCCAAAACGUUAAUAAAUCUGAUGGGAACAUCUAGCAUGUACUGGCCUGCAUCAGCAUUUACACAACCUUUACUAAAAAACUAAAUGAGGCCCAAUGAAAAUUAGACAAAACUUGGAUAUGCAGCACAUAGGAAUUUGAAAUACAGAAAAGCCAUUUAAAACAUUUCUGCUAUUUUAAAUUCAUUUUUUUAUUAAGCACCUCUCGAGUCGGUCUACAUACAGGGAAAAGCAUAUAAUAAUGAAGUUAAAUGAUAUAUGAUGGACAAACAUGACUGUUAGCUGUGAGUUGAAUUCUCUAAAGCAGUCUACAGAGAAAGCAGCUGUGUGUGUUUACUACAUUUCAUUGUUGCUCCGUGAUAAUGUCUUCUGUAAGUGUGUGUGUAGGUAUAAAUCAGUGCAAGCAAUGGGAUUGUAUGAGGUUGAUGUAAAUCUGUGUCACCUCAUGAAAGGAACAAAAGUACCAUGGGUUUGAACAGUGUUGUUUGUUUAAAUAAAUCAAAUAGGGCACAUGAUCAGACAUUUUCAUGUACACAGAAGCAUUUUUUUCUUUUUUUUGUUUGUUUGUAUGUUUUUUACUACCGUUGCUCUCUUGCUUACCAUUGGAUGUAGCUGGUUUACCUUUACACGGUUCUGCAUGUCUAGUAUUGUCCAUUUCUGAAUUACAUGAGACAUAACUUGUAUACACAUCCACAUUGUGCAUUCUGUGUAUUUAAAAUGUUACAUUAACUGUCUGUGUACGUAAUUAGAUGUGUUUUUUUAUAUUAUGCUGUAAUUGUUGAUUCAUUUGCUUCCCCAUUAAUCGAUGUUUAUGGAAUCAUCAUGUUUCUGUUGAAUAUGCCCAUGAAAUCACCAAAAUAAAGAAAUAAAAAUAAC